AUGUCGAAAUUCGCGCCUCACCGUCGGUCAAACAACAACCCAAGAGCGAACUCUGCAACCGUUUGUCAGAAGUGCCUCGGUACAGGACAUUUCAUAUUCGAAUGCAAGUCCACGCGUCCAUACGUAUCUCGUCCCUCGCGGACAGAAUUACUUGAAAAUCCAAAGUUACUUGCGAAGCUGAAGGCAGAGGGAAAGCCUUCAGUCGAAGUGCCGGAGGAAUUUAGAACAAAGAGUGGAACGGCAAACCGAAUUUUAGAGUCAAAGGAGCAGGAACGACUGGUACUGGAGGAAUCCAAAGGGAAAUCCAAGGAGGAAGACGGUAGAGCUCGCAAGAAAGCGAGAAGAUGCCUCACGUUCGAUUUCCAGAGAUCGCAGCAGGAAGCGACCAAAGCGGCGAGAUUCAUCUUCAAUUCGUUCAGCAUCUUCAUCUCGCAGUAG